GAAAUAAGCUAGGGCCACGCAGGGUGCAUGGCUGGCAAAAGAGAAGCUGUGUGAGAGUGUGCGGCAGAUGCCCAACCUUGCCAUGUUACAACUUGUCCCUACACCCCAACACCAACACCCACCUUUUUCUCUACUUGGAUUCAUUGCUAUAUAUAUAUCCUCAACACUUGAUCCAUCAUCAUCCAAUUCUAUUAUCAACAUGUGUUCCUUCAAGUCUAAGUUGCAGCAGCAGGGCUCCAACAUUCGCGCCCCUCUCUUAGAAAGGCGCAACAACUCGACCGCUCAAGUAUUUCUGAUCGAUCCCCGCCUCAAAUCUCUCAACAAGUCCAAGACCUUCAGCUACACUCCCGUUGUGGAGUAUGAGGCAGGAAGCAUUGCAGCGGCCAGAAGAGAGCAGGUUGCCAGCCUUCAUGAGCAGAGGAAAAUGCGCAUCGCUCACUACGGCAGGACCACCAAGUCGUCGUCUAAGCCUACUCUCGAUCAUGUUGCUGCUAAUAAUAUUAACGAUAAGAGAUGCACUUUCAUAACCCCUAAUUCAGACCCCAUCUAUGUGGCUUACCACGACCAAGAAUGGGGAGUGCCCGUCCAUAACGACGAAAUGCUGUUUGAGCUUCUGGUUUUGACGGGCGCUCAAGUUGGAUCGGACUGGACGUCGGUGCUGAAGAAAAGACAAGAUUUUAGGGAUGCAUUCUCAGGGUUCGAUGUGGAAGCGGUUUCCAAGUAUUCGGAGAAGAAGAUGAAUGGCAUCAGCUGCCAAUAUCGUAUAGAGUUGAGUCUAGUGAGAGGAGCGGUGGACAACGCUAAGAGGAUCCUCCAGAUCUGGAAGGAAGUGGGAUCGCUGGAUAAGUAUCUGUGGGGAUUCGUGAACGACAAGGCAAUAGCGACGGCGUACAAGUGGAGCCAGAAGAUUCCGGUGAAGACGUCGAAAUCGGAGAGCAUAAGCAAGGACAUGGUGAGGAGGGGAUUCCGGCAGGUGGGCCCCACCGUCAUACACUCCUUCAUGCAGGCCGCCGGCCUCACCAACGACCAUUUGCUCACCUGUCCCAGGCACUCUCAAAUUCUCCUUUCUAAUUAAUUCAUUAGGAACCCCAACAACCUGCCCACUCUAUAUAUAUAAUAUAUUCAUCCAUUUAUAUACAUACUAACAUCUAUACCGUACCUAAAUUAUUGGUCUUGGCCUCUAUGCUAUUACUAUGUAUCUUCCCCCUCAACUCAACUAGUUGGUUGACUUGUGUUUAUGAUUAUUAAUUGGUGGAUAUCAUAUCAUAUCAUAUAUAUUAGGAAAAGAUGAAAUAGAAAGAAAGGUGGCGUGCCAGACAGAUAAGGCUGCAUGUGCUGUGGGGUAUCAUUUAUAAGUUUUUCUUAUCUUCUUCUUCUUCUUCUUCUUUCAUCUUUUCCUUGCUUCUUUCUUUCUUUUUCUACAAUUAAUCAGCUCUCUAUUCAAAUUCCUAUUCAUUUCUCACGUGUCUUGCCGCCUACGCCUAACAUUAUUCUUACCCAAUAUCACACUUUACUAACACAAACUGUUGCUCACCUCAUCUAUAUUUAGAAAACCAAUGUAUUGGCAAUUGAGACCUAUUUCUAUUGUGUUUUUCUACAAUCUGUAAUUUUCUGGGUUGCUUUUUGCAUGUAAUUCCUUUCAAGAAUUGGUUUGAGAUUGUUCGGAUCUACAUUAAUUAUUUGAUUUGCUAAUAUUAAUGGUGGCAUACGCGUAUCGUUCCUUUUAUUCACAA